UGACAGCUGACUGUCAGUGUCAAAAAAUUGGCUUGGUUUCUUGUUGUUAUUUUUUAUUACAAAUCGAGUGGCUGUAGUAGUAAUUUCAGUGAUUAUUUCUUGUAAAUAUAGAAAUAAUACCGCAAAAUGGGCGAAAGAUACAACAUACACAGCCAGCUUGAGCAUUUGCAGAGCAAGUACAUCGGUACGGGUCACGCAGACACCACCAAAUACGAGUGGUUGACGAAUCAGCACCGGGAUUCGUGUUGCAGUUACAUGGGACACCCAGAUUUGCUGAGCUACUUUGCGAUCGUCGAGAACGAAUCAAAGGCUCGUGUCAAGUUCAAUCUGAUGGAGAGGAUGCUUCAGCCGUGCGGACCUCCCCCAGAAAAGCCCGAAGAUUAAUUUUAAGUUUAAAGAUCUUAGGUUAAUGUGUGUGAUGCGUUUUUGAUGUAAUAAAUUCCAUAAACAGUA